CUCCAUAAUAUCCAAGCUUCACCAGUUGGCAUCAACUGAAACACGAAAUGCGCUUUUCAAUCGUCUCUGUGGUCCAUUUCGCGACAUCUACUACGUAUUCUCAAGUUUAUUUGCCGUCUUUCCAUUUCCUACUUUGCUUCCUGACUAUGGCCCUCGGCAUAGAUCGCCUCGCUAUCCCGCGGAUCCUAUGGCUACCAUUUCGUAAUAGAAUUAAGCUGUGGCGUUAAAAGGCCUAGCUAAACCCCUCAGAUAUAACUUUCGUCUGUACCGUUACGAAUUGCAUUUUGUUCCCACUACCGCUGUUUUCAAAUAUUCUCCGUGUUCUAAGAAAUAUGGCAAACGCUGUAGAAUUAACUGCUCCAAAUGGAGUCAAAUACUCGCAACCUACAGGCUUGUUCAUUAACAAUAAUUUCGUUCCCGCUCAGUCAGGCCAAACGUUGGAGACGAUCAGCCCAAGUGACGAGAAAGUAAUCACCAACGUUGCAUGUGCAAAUGCAGACGAUAUCGAUGUAGCUGUUGAGGCUGCUCGAGCUGCAUUAAAGAGCCUGGAAUGGAAAGGAAUCUCAACUUCUGCACGUGGUCUCUUGUUGUUCCGCCUAGCUGACUUGGUGGAGCGAGAUCGAGCUAUCUUGGCAACGAUCGAUGCUUGGGACGUUGGAAAGCCAUACACCGUGGCAUUUGAAGAAGAUUUAGGAGAGGUCAUCCAAGUCUUCCGCUAUUAUGCUGGAUUUGCAGAUAAACAAUUUGGCCAAACUAUUGAUACAACUCCAGAGAAAUUUGCAUAUACCCGCCACGAACCCAUUGGCGUCUGCGGCCAAAUUAUUCCUUGGAACUAUCCUGUAAUGAUGGCGGCAUGGAAGCUCGGUCCAGCACUAGCUUGCGGAAAUACUGUCGUUCUCAAAGCUGCCGAACAAACGCCACUCUCUGUGCUCUAUCUUGCUAGUCUUAUCAAAGAGGCUGGAUUUCCUGCAGGGGUUGUCAAUAUUGUUAACGGCCUGGGUCGCGUUGCAGGAGCUGCAAUGACUGGUCACCUAGGAAUCGACAAAAUUGCCUUUACAGGAAGUACUGUCGCGGGCCGCGAAAUCAUGAAAGCUUCAGCCAUCAAUCUUAAGAGCAUCACGCUGGAAACUGGAGGCAAAAGCCCAUUAAUCGUUUUCGAUGAUGCUGAGCUGGAUCAAGCUAUUAAGUGGACGCACGUUGGGAUCAUGAGCAACAUGGGACAGGUUUGCACAUCGACUUCAAGGGUCUACGUUCAAGAAAGUGUUUAUAGCAAAUUUGUCGACGGGCUGAAGGACUAUGUUCAAACAGCAACUGUCAUCGGUGAUCCCUUUGCAGAAAAGACUUCUCACGGACCCCAGGUAUCAAAAAUCCAAUUUGAUAAAAUCCUCAAAUACAUCGAAAUUGGCAAAUCUGAAGGUGCAACCCUUGUGGCCGGAGGCAAGAGGCACGGCGAGAAAGGAUUUUUCAUAGAGCCAACAAUCUUCUCCGACUCAAAUGACUCGAUGACUAUUGCAAGAGAAGAGGUUUUUGGACCCUUUGUUGUAAUUUCGCCUUUUAAGACCGAGGAAGAGGCAGUCACAAGAGCAAAUGACACCCAAUAUGGCCUGGGUGCUGCUGUUUUCACCCAAAAUAUCGCAAAGGCUCAUCGUGUCUCGGCUGAAAUCGAGGCGGGCAUGGUUUGGAUCAAUAGCUCCAAUGACUCUCAUUAUGGAAUUCCUUUCGGCGGUUACAAACAGAGCGGCAUUGGACGAGAACUUGGCUCAUAUGCUCUUUCUGCGUACUCGCAAGUUAAAGCUGUUCACGUCAACCUAGGCGUACGUCUAUAAGAAAGUAUAGAGCGCUCCGUCUAGCAUAGAUAGUGCAAGUAGGAAAUAGCGUGGCUAAUACCAGCAGGGGAAGCUGUUAGAAUCAUUCUCGUCCAUUAAUUUUCUAUGUAGUAGGCUCAUGUAAAC